AUGGCUACCCCUGCAUCUGAAACCGAUUCUACACACACUUCCCCUCCUAUCUCCACCAUCCUUCCCUCCUCCGUCCUACCAACACAGCUCCAAAAUGUGCAUCAUCACAUCUCGGAAAAACUCACCCAAGACAACUACAUUCUCUGGCGUUUUCUCAUGGUUCCCUUCGUAGAAGGUCAAAAUCUGUUCAGUGCUAUUAUCUCCACCCGCUUCGUAGAAGCCUUACCCCAUGUCAUUGGACUCUCAACUUCCAAUGAAGUAUGGCUCACAUUGGAAACUUUCUUCUCUGCUCAAUCUCAAUCCAGAAUCAUGCAACUCAAACAACAAGUGUCCACCUUAAAGAAAGGAGGUCAAACAAUCUCCACUUAUUUUCAGAAAGCACAGGGAUUCUCCCAUUUAUUAGCAGCUGUUGGCAAACCCAUCGAAGGUUCUGAAGUGGUCUCUCACAUCCUUGCUGGACUUGGUGCUGAAUGUGAUCCUCUUGUCACAUCUGUGACUACAAGGCAAGAUUAUAAUUUUCUCAAUGAUCUUUAUGGUUAUAUGCUUUCCUAUGAGUUGUGUCUAGAGCAACACAAAUCUGCCAUGGAGUUAAAUAUUGCCAAAGUCCAUAUUAUUCACGAAACAACCGUGGAUACAACUUUGGAUAUCGCAACAACAAAUUUUCACGUGGUAGAGGCCGUGGUCAUGGUAGAGGACCACCUCAGCAAUUCCCUUCAUAUAGUACCAGCUCUUCCCAGCGCCUGA